GUACGUUAUUCGUAUCAAGAUAUAAAGAACGAAACAGAAGCAAUGCCGGAAGCACUGUUACAGUGCCCGAAGCUUGGCUGUGAAUGGCUCUGCAUGCUGGUUUAUAAUUUGGAGCACCACCCACGUGAAUACUCGUUUGAUAUACGAGCUCAGGUUGACGGCGUUUGGAACAAGUGGGUACCAAUCGUAACAAGGCACUGGAAUUUGAUGGAGCGUAUGUGCAGCAUCAAUCCACCGCCGUAUUACGUUGAAAACGUGGCUAAAGAGGCUAACAUGCGUGAAAUUGACUUGGAUAAUUUCGAUGAUAUGCUUCACUCGGGUGCAUGGAGCUAUCUGAUAGUCAUCGAUCGCCGUGGUGGUGCUGAGAGCAGCUUAAUUGCACUUGACCUGUCUCAGCUGGUUGAUAAAGCCACUGCUGAUUAUGAGCAACUCCCUUAUUACGUUACAGCCAGUUUAUCGCCGCAGCAAGUGCAGCAGCGAAUGCCUUUCAAAAUUGGUGAUGGUAAGAUAUACGGGGGAUACUUGAAUUAUCCAGUUGAAAGGAAUGCGCAGGUGCGAUGGAUUGUUGUUCCGCUUUCGGAAAGUGAGCAUGAAAUGAUGGAACCUACAAUAAAGCUAUGUGGGCUACGGGAAGAUGGUAAUUUCAGUUAG